GCCAAAAAGCUGCAGCAUUGUUGGCAAAGCUCUAUUCAUCCAAAAAGCGUCGGAGUCAUUGGAGGCGUCGAGCUGACAAUAUACAGUAAUUCUGUUGCUAACCUUUUUCUCCCUGUCAAGUGCUGGGGGUUAUAGCAAUGGUCAAGGAGAGUAAACGUUCCCUCUAUAUCAAGGGAUUUAUGUUCAUCCUACUGGCCGGUUCUUUAGGACUUAUCUUAAACCAGGAAGUGCUGACUAGAAUCCCUCAGUUCGUCUACCGGGAAACUUUUGUAGACUUUCUGUUCAACAAGCAGAAAGCGUUGCCUUGGUGGGAAGGAGGCGACUGCCGUUGCCAUGGCAACUCUUGCUUUCCCGAGCAGGUUCGCAACCUCUCGUGGGAGGACGCGGGCGGCGCCUGCGGUCGGAGGGCGUGGCUGGCAGGCGAAGGGCAGAAGGUGAUCAGUUACUCGCUGUUUGGGAAUAAUUCCAAGUACUGGGACGGGUUUCGGAGGAACCUCAACCUGACAAUAAGCAUGUACCCGGGCUGGGUCGUGUGGGUUUACACUGAUCCUCGCGGCCGGGAAAAUGCCCUCUGCCCACUCCUGCGUGAUUUUCCUCACUUCUACAUCUGUGACGUCACCCAAUUGCCUUCGCUUGGAGAUGUAACCUCAAUACACAACAUGAUUUGGAGAACGCUGCCCCUUGGUGACGAAAGGGUCUCGGCUUUUUUUGUCCGAGACACCGACUCGCUUCUCCUAGAACGAGGGGCUGCAGCAGUGAGGGAAUGGAUGUCGGGAAACAAAAGCUUCCACUUGCUGAGGGACCAUCCGUUCCAUGGAAUUCCUGUGAUGGGAGGGCUGUGGGGCGCCCGCUGGGACCUCAAGACGCACAACGUUUCAGAAUUCAGGAAGAACCUUACUGGUGUCAGAAGCGCAAUGAUAAAAGAAGCCAAGGGAAAGUUCAAGAAAGGCGCUGAUCAACACAUCUUAGGGAAAGUGUUGUACCCAAAGACGAAAGGUGAUGUCAUGUCCCACGAUAGUUACUACUGCAAGGUAUUCCCAGAUGGUUUCAGACCUUUCCCGAUACAGCGUGAGGGAGGACAUUACUUAGGGAAUUACAUGAAUCAGCCAAAUCUUCUGCUAGUUAAAUCAGCCUGCCCAAAGGCCUGCCGUCCAAAGAAUCAUCAAGACUGGACGUACUGCUGACUAGAAUUUCCGACAGUGACAACCCAGUGCUCUCUGUGACAUAUUUCGUGUUAUCAAGACCGUUGCGUUGAUAAUGUAUUGUGGUUUUUCAUUGUAGGAAUCAAUUCUUAGAAAGAGGGCUUAGUGAGUGAUUCUUUUGUUGGUGAAGGGCAGACAUAGCGUCCUUUGCUCUCGAUCAAGUUUCUUCGAAGUACUAUUACUAUUAUUAUGAUUAUUAUUAUUGUUGUUGUUAUUAUUAUUAUUAUUAUUAUUAUUAUUAUUAUUA